AUGAAAGGCAGAAGUCUGAUGCCCAGUGAUGAAAUUCUGGCCAGCCUGGGGCUGUCCAACCUUUGCUUCUGCACCUCACUAAUUCUGGACUAUUUCAUUUCACUCAUCUGGAAGGAGUUCUUCAGUAAGUUUUACAUGGUGCAAAAAAUCACAUUCACCCUCGACAUUGCUGCAAGCUUUUUGAGCUUCUGGUUCACUGCCUGGCUGAGUGUUUUCUACUGCAUGAAGAUUGUCAACUUCAAGCAGUCGUUUUUGCUGAGGGUGAAACUACAAUUUUCUAGCCUUGUGCGUUGGUUCCUCCUUGGUUCUGUGCUGGCUUCCUGUGGAGCAACAUUCCUAGUCACCUGGACUUUUGAAACAGUGUCCCAAGUAUCCGACAAUCUGAACAAUCAGACUUUCCUCAGCCUUCCCUCUGACUUUAACUUUACAAACGACUACAAAAAGCGAAAAUUGAUACUCGUGCAUAUGCCUAUGCCUUACAAACUCCUCCCCAUUAUCCUGGGCUGUUCUGUCCCCCUAGUGAUAGUGAUUGCCUCUUCUGUGCCAAUUCUCAAUACUCUUUUCAGGCAUGCCAAAAACCUGGAACAAAAUGCAACCAUUUUCCACAAUCCUCGCCUGGAGGUUCAUCUAAAUGCAGCCAAGUCAGUGCUGUCUCUUCUUAUAAGCUAUACUUCCUUGUUUGUUAUGGCGGACGAGCAAGCUUUCGAAAUUGCCAUCUAG